AUGGCCGCCGCAGACGUCUUCUUCUUCACUUUGUGGAUCGCUGCCGUCCUCACCCCUGCACUCAGCUGCCCUGAGCUCUGCGCGUGUGCAGAUAAGUACGGCCGCCAUUUUGCUGAAUGCUCCUACAGAGACUUGGUUGAAGUCCCAGACGGUUUACCUCCAAAUGUUACAACUGUGAGUCUCUCCGCUAACAAAAUCAGUUUGAUCCCAGUGGGGAGCUUCGAUAACGUGACCCGGGUGACCUCUCUGUGGAUGGCCCACAACGAGAUCGUCUCCAUCGAGCACGGGACCCUCUCGCCUUUGGUUCACCUGCGCAACUUUGACAUCAGCUACAAUAAAAUCGUAGACUUCCCCUGGGAGGACCUGCAGAACCUCACGGGUCUGUAUCUGCUGAAGAUGAACCACAACGAGAUGGUCCACCUGCCGAGGGACGCCUUCGCCAACCUCAAAGACCUGAGAUCCCUCCGACUCAACAACAACAAGUUUGUGACCAUAGCUGAGGGGACGUUCGACGGUUUGGUGGCUUUGUCGCAUCUGCAGAUUUACAGCAACCCCUUCGCCUGCACCUGCUCCCUGGACUGGCUCAGAGACUGGAUCUCCACAACCACCAUCUCAGUGCCGGAGCAGAAUCUGAUCAUCUGCGCAACGCCCGAGAAACUGAAAGGAGAAGUGAUCGGGAAGCUGCCUGAGUCAAAGUGUAUGAGCCCGAAUGUAAUAAUACGAACUGAGCCGAACGCAAAACUCCACGAGGACAGUAAAGUGGUUCUGACUUGUGAGUUCAAAGGAAACCCAAAACCGCUGGUCAUCUGGGACAUUCACAGCAGAAGCCUGAAACAAGAGGUGCCUUUGUUGUUUACUGAGGACGACUCCGUAGAGUCUCAAGAGGAAUCCUUAAUGUCCCACGGCUCUGUUAAAGUCUUUAAUAACGGGACUCUUCUCAUUUCAAAGCUCCGGAAGGAAGAUGGCGGCAACUACAGCUGCUCCGCUACCAAUGAGUUUGGCAGAGACGAGGAUUCGGUGCUAGUUGAGGUCGUGGCGUCGCUAAAACCGACACCUGUUUUGGAAACAACCACAGCAACAACUCACGCUCAAACAAACCCACCUAUACAGCAAACAACAGAAAAAACAUCCAGCUCUGUUCGUGUCCCUGUUUUAAAGAGAAAAGUCAUCGUACCCACUCCUUCUCCGACUGCAGACAUCAAGACUUACGAGGAUGAAACAAGACAUCCGCCACAUUCGAGCAAAUGCGGCUUGACGGCGAACACGAGAUACGUUUCAAGCCACGUCUCCAACGGCAGCCUGGACGACAUCAAGCAGUACACAUUCGACUUUGGUGUGAUCGCAUUAGGGGUGUCAGAAACUGAGGCAACAGUGCGACUCAAUCCUCUACUCAUACCCAGAGACAAGAGCGCCAACGGGGCCGCCGUCGCCACGCCUGACAGCGCCGAGGCCGACAGCGAAGAGCACGACGGCCUCUCAGACGCCUCCGAAGAAGUCCACUCGAAUGGCUUGUAUUUGUGCGUCACUGCCGACCGCAAACACUCGGCGGUGCAGUGGUCGAGGAUCGAAGAGGGCGUCAACAUGUACCUGUUCAGCGGUUUGCGCCCCGGCACCAACUACUCGCUGUGUCUGACCUACCGAGGGGAGGACUGCGAGGUCCAGGUGCUGUUCACCACCAGGAGGAGGGUCCCCAACCUGCUCAUCAUCAUCUCCGUCAGCAUCUGCCUCCUCACCGUGUCCACUGUGCCGCUGCUCGGCGCCACCUGCUUCCACCUGGUGUACAAGUACCGCAGCAAGACCUACAAGCUGAUCCUGAAGGCCAAAGACCAGUACCACAUGGAGAGGAACCUCACCGCCAACUUCAACCUCCACGCUCCGCACACCGACUCCCAGAGGAAGAUCAACGGCAGCCAGCUUGACGAGGAGGAGGGCGAGACGGAGAGCGUGGACGAGGACAAAGAGGCCGACACGGAGGAAAGUGUGGUGACCGAGUCUUUUAGUUUGUCUCAGUGCAGGAAUUUAGACGACUGCGAGGUGGGAUCAGAGUACAGCGACCGGCUGCCUUUGGGAGCUGAAGCAGUGAAUAUUGCAAGCAGCUACAAAUACCCCAAUCAGUAA